AUGACGGAAUCAUCCCGCGCUGCAGAAGCAAGUGCAGUCGCUGCAGUCUCUACGGAGCAAUGUGACAAGCUGCAGGUGUCGUUGCAGCAGCUUCUCAGAGUGAUCACAGACCUUCUGGACUCUCUUGAGCAAGGCGAAGCCGAUGAGGCCCUCAGACAGAAGCUUGCAAAGUACGUCGCCGUGUUAGCAGAAGUCGACCAGCGGGCCGCCUCGUUGCCACCGCUUGAGGUGCCAGUCGCGGUGCUGCAGCAUAUGGACCAGGACGGUGGUUCUCCGGCAGUCUGGUGUCAGAGCCUCCUGGAUCGUUUGAAGAACGGCAUGGAGGGCUUCAAGCAGCGAAAGGCGCCCGUGGCGUCCUUGAGCAGGCACCUGCGAGCACAAGGUUGGGGCCUGGCCUCCUUGAACAGCCUGUCGCGCCAGCCGUCUGAAGCCGAGGGCCAGGUCGCCGGUAACGACAUGUCGGAAGGGUGCGCUCCUGGAUCUUUGGGAAGGACGGCCAAAAAGCGACCGUUGGAUUCAAUGGCCCGCGGCGGUUUGGGAUCUCCCGAAGAAAAAGCCAUCAAGCUUGCCUUGGAAGGGGGUCUUUCGGAGUGGAUGGAGUUGGAUCCCUACCAAUGCAUUGCGAAAGUGAAUCGCAAGUAUGCUUCCGAAUGCACUGAGGUUCACCUGGCCAACAAAGGGGCGGAAUCCAUCUCGAAGAAGUUCGAGCAUUUCAGUUCGCUUGAAGUCGUUUGGUUUCAGGGAAAUCGGCUGUCCCGUGUGGAGAAUCUUGAGACGAACUUCCGCAUUCGGGAGGUUUACAUCCAAAACAACCGACUGGUGUCCUUGGCUGGCCUCAAGACCUUCAAGUUCCUGAGGGUGUUGCUGGCUAGUGGGAAUCAACUUCGAAAUCUCGAUAAGCAGCUAGCGCUGCUGUCGAGAUUUCCAUUCCUGAAGAAGCUAGAGCUCUUCGACAAUCCGGUGGCAGAGGAGCCAGACUACAGGCUGCGCCUGAUCUACCAUGUGCCCCAGGUGGAGCUUCUGGACCAACACACGGUGAAGCUGCCGGAGAGACUUCGUGCGGACGAGGUGGUGCCCAACUUGGAUAAGGUCUCUGCAGCAAAGGUGGAGAAGCCUCGACCAAAGGGCCACCAGUUCUCUGUGCUGGAGAGGCAGUGUAUCCACGAGUCUCGCAGCAUCCAAGAAAGACGAAGGCUCGAAGAAGAGCUCUCCAUGAGCAAAUCCUUUCACGUCGCAGUCGACAAGGGCGCGCCGCCAGACUGCAAAGUUUUCAAAGCCAAUCGGGACCGGUGGAUGGACCCAAGGAAAAAAGUGCUGCACGAGACCUUGAGGCCGACGCCCUGGGAGUGCCACGAGAUGCGGGGCUUCAUCGCUGCCCGGGCCAAGAAGGAGCUCACGAUCGCGGAUGUGGAGGCUCUGGCCAAGGAACUCGCGGAGACCGGCAUCGAAGAAGUCGGCCGCUUCCUGAAGAGCCCAGAAGCGGUCUUCGAGGAUCUCCCGGAGCAGGAUGCUGUGGAGGCCGGUAUGACAGCCCUGGCGCGCAGCCUGAAGUUUCAUACCGAGUCCAAGGGCAAGGUGAAGCCAACACCUCAUCCGCUGGACAAGCUGAUGCAAGACGCAUCGGCGACUAUGCCCUCGGCAGAAGUGAUUACCUGGCUUUUGAAGCUAGAGUGGCCUCGCUUUGACGACGAGAUUCUUGACAGGCGCAUCGAUAAGCUCUUCGAAGACAUGCGACGUGCUGAAUUCGCUGGUGACACAGAGACUGUGGGCAAGCUACGAACGCAUGCUUCGCGACUGGAGGGCACAAAGACGCUGAAAGAUCAUGUGGAGCUGAACCGCAAGGAAACUGUCCAAGCAGCUCCAAAAACUCGUGCUGAUGUCUUUCCACAGACCUUCAUUCGAGCCAAGCGCCAGAUAGAUGAAGCCACAGGGCGAAUUGUCUUGAAGGUGGGCAUGGACACAAGGAGCACCAGCAUGGGAACCAUGACUGUUGCGAGAUAG